AGGUGAUAGCUUCAUGCUGACAGCUGAGAAGCAGGUCAGUCAGGUUCUUGGGUGCUCUAUUACACAAGCAAGAUACAGCCAGCCUCACCUCACUUCGUUUCUCUGGCACCCUCCUGCCCAGUGGGACAUCUGUACACUUAACCCAUCUGCUUUCUCUAAUGCAUGGCAGACUCCCUGCGGUCAGGACGGCUGUGAUACUUCAGUUUCUGUUUGUAAACACCUCCUAGACCUGAAGAUUCUCCAUAUUAACACUAAUACCAAAGAAGAUUACAAUGUUGACUUCAGCCAAAAUUCUGUUGAUUUCAAUUUUGUCUAGUUUACUACUGUUUGGAAGCCAUGGGGAAGAAGGUCAAAAAACAAACACAACAGAAAGCACUGCAGAAGACUUAAAAACAAGGGAAAAUCAAUCUGUUCCUCUAGAAAGUAAAGCAAAUUUAACCUCAGAUAAAGAAAAUAGAGAAACUUCCAGUCCCAAGGCAAGUAAUUUCUCUUUUGAGGAUCCAUCAAAUAAAACACAUGAAACAGGUUUCUACAAUAAUCUGUCAACAGACAACUCUUCCAGGAGUCCGAGACUCAUGCCUACACUUUCCCCAAGACCUCCCUCAAUCCACAGCUUUGUUUCCAAACUGCCUUGGAACUCAUCCAUAGCAGAUAACAAUCUUCUGCCAGUUUCAGCCCCCCCCAAUACCACAGUUCCUGUGUCUUCAGAAAACUUUACCCGGUCUUCCAUCAAUGAUACCUUGAAAGCUCCUGACAACAGUUCCAUUACAGUUAGCAACCUCCCUUCAGGACCAAACACCGAAUCUGUGACCCCCAUGGUAACAGAUGGAUGGCCUACCACAACCAGAGAGAGCAUGGAGGGGUUUACCAUCUAUCAAGAAACAACUUUACAUCCCACCCUGAAAUUCACCAAUAAUUCAAAAAUCUUUCCAAAUACGUCAGACCCCCAAGAAGAGAACAGAAAUACAGGAGUAGUAUUUGGGGCCAUUUUAGGUGCUAUUCUGGGUGCUUCAUUGCUUAGUCUUGUUGGCUACCUUUUAUGUGGAAAAAGGAAAACAGAUUCAUUUUCCCAUCGGCGACUUUAUGACGACAGAAAUGAACCAGUUCUGCGAUUAGAUAAUGCACCGGAACCUUAUGAUGUGAGUUUUGGGAACUCUAGUUAUUACAACCCAAGUGCAAAUGAUUCAUCUACUUCAGCAGGUGGAGAAAAUGCGCGUGACGGCAUUCCUAUGGAUGACAUACCUCCGCUUCGCACCUCAGUGUAAAACUUAGGGGGGAAAUGCUGCAGAUGGCAAGUGUUCAUCUACAUCCUGGCUUUUUCAAAUCCAUCUUCCAAACACUGAAGCAAGGCCACUGUCACAUGGCCUGUGCCAAGGAGAACUGUAAAAGCAUGAGGCUACUAGCAAAAACAUAAACAGAGGAUAAAUCAUCCAAAAGGUUUCCUUUCUUACCAGCUUUGGCUAUGCUGAUUCAUCCAUUGAGAAACCUUCAUUAGUAUCUUGGCCUAUUUUUUUCUUAUUAGGAAGUAUCUAUGGAAUCAGGUAAAACUAAAAGACUUCACCAUGAUUGCCCUGCCUGAUUAAUUAAAAAAUCCUUCAGUGAAAAUAGGAACCCCAAAUUCAAAAUCAAUGGAUUAACUCUUCAUUGCUCCCUUUGUAGUCUUAAUGAAUUUUCCUGAAGGAGAAUUUGAAGGGUGAUUUUUUUUUUUUUCAAUUUUGACUUAAAACUAGAAAGAGUAUGGCACAGAGUUUGUGUUCCUGGGAAAUUAAGGCAAUGGGAGUGAAAGAUUUGUAUUCUAGUACAUUUUAUUUUUCUGUAUCAGCAGGUCCCUAGUAAAGUUCUUGAUUUGCCAGGUUGGUGAUAACUUUGCAUUCAACAGACCAUAAUCAGAAAGUUAACCCUACCCAGGAAAGUAAUCACUUCUUUUCAAAUCAUGGGAAAUACCAAUCUGUAAUUUACUUUAGGUCUCAAUUAAUUGGGUUCUUUAAAAACUCAAUGAGAAACUUCAUGAAAAAGUCAGCCAAUACAUAUACCUAAACAUAAUUUUUACAGUUUUAAGAUGUUAGAUAGGAACAGGAUUUAUUUAGUGUUAGACAUUAUUGCUCAAUCAUAUAUGGAAUAGAUUCUGUAUCUCUAAGUGUAUAAAAUGUAAGGUUAAAAAAACAGAUGACUGGAAGCCUUAAGCAAACAAAACAUCUUCUGAUCAUCACUUUCACAAGUAUGCUUCAGUUUGUUUUUAAUUACUGGCUGCUUUUGGUAGGAAAAAUAUGCUCUACAGUACAGGAAGGUUGAGGUUUUAGGGAUUAGAAGAUUAGAUCAAGAGUUAAAUUCCCAAAGAAGCCGUGAAUGUAUGAAGAAGGCACAGGAAAAAAAGAGAUUUUAUUGUUGAAUUGACACAUGGUAUAUGUGUUUGUGUGUGGGUGUGGGUGUGCAGAAACACAGAAACAGCUUCAGAAAACAAGGGCUAGGAAGUUAAGCAAUGGAAGAACGUACUCACCCCAUAUUGCCAUAAAAAUAGCAAAGAAGACUGUCCCUCCAUUAUCAAACAGAUAUGUCACCUUAAUGAAAAACAAGCAAAAAUAUUAGCCACAUUUUUGGUUGUAAAAAUCCAGUGAUUACUUUUUUUUACACUGAGGCACUAUUGAUUUUUUUUUUCCUCAAUGGAAUCGCAUUAUUUUAUCAUUUGUAAAUAUAAGAUAUACAAUCCUUUCAUGGGUCCCGCAACUGUUUCAUGUGAUUUUCUCAUGGAGAAAGUUGGGGAAUCAGCAUUUUCCCCCUUACUUUCUCUUUUCCUUUUGGACUCUACCUUUAUUUCUGCUUUGAAGGGGUUCUAGCACUCUGAGGAAGUAUUUGUGGACCUCAAAUGGAAGCUAUGCAGUGAGCUUUAAGAAGUUAGCUUUCCAGUGAAAGCACACACAGCUGCACUUCCUGUUAGCAAAGCUUCCAGGGCUGGGGAAGUUGCAGGAUGCAGAAUUCCAUCAGCGAUCCAGCAUUUCCAAGGGAGAGAUAUCAGAGUGCUAGCCCUGCUCUCCGAUGUCCUUCAGAACGUGCCAUGGGUCAUUAAGAAAUUUCAUCAAUCACUGUAUAUACAUAGUCCAAGUGUUUUUUAAUCAGACAUGACCUGAAGUUUUAUAAAGAACAAUGUACAGUUACACAAUGUUAUUGAAUAUACAUUUCAGAGUUGUAAGAAUUGUUUGAUUUUAAUAAAGUAUAAAUUCAA